AAUCUCUGUGCAUGAUGUGCCCUAGACAGGAUGGUCGAUCUCGAGGUGCAGUGACACUCAAAAGCAGUCGAAACGAGCCAAAAUUUGCCGAGUGGAGGAGGAGGGGGGCAGAACUGGCUAUUUCGUCUAUUGAUGAGCUGUCAGGCGGCGCCUCGUGGAUGCGGGGAUACAGCGGGACGAUCAAAUCGCCAAAAAAAAUAAAAAAUUUGAGAUGGAUGACGUUGGUUGUUUUUUGUUGCCAUUUUGGUCACAAACGUAUCGAGCUGCUGUCACUUUUGACAGUGAUCUGUGUGUACUAGCGACAACGACUACGGAUCCAUCUCGUGCCAUGUAUGCUCCGUACUCCGUACAUGCUGUGAGAUCUGGGGGGAGCCUCGUCAAUCUGCCCGCGUCGACAUUUGUCGUUCCAGCACUCCGUAGCGCAUUGAUACAGUGUGGGUGGGGGGGUUUGCUGUGUUGUUUCGUAUGCCUCAUUGAGACGACGUCUUUUUUGGAGAGGAGCAGACCGUUGAGAGUUGGCCGAAACAAAGGAGCAAAGAAUCUUGGGCUCCCCAUGUUUCCGGGCAUUGAGAAGGCCGGGAUGUUGCGCAUGGCGGAGCGAAAUGCGCAUGACAUGGCCGAAAUCACAACCGGUGUGUCCCACUUAAAAUCUGGCGAUUCGGAGGGGCAUGACCGGCCACUUCCACCGAGUUGUCAAUGCGUCUUCGCUUCGUCGGGUCGAUGCUUCUACCCCGUUGUCCGGGAUAACGGCUCGAGAUCGAGUUCAAUCGAGAGACCCGUCGCGGGUUCCUGGUCGGCUCAGUUCUGCCACGAUUGCCACGGUCGCACCGAUGGAAGGAUCCGGCCAUGUAAGCAUUUUCGAAUGUUCGGUGUUGGCCUUGGAGCAACACCAGCUUGGUUAAGGAUGGAAGAUUGGUUUAUGCCUUGCUUGGCGCAGGAUGGAUUGAGUUCUGGAAUAUUCUGUUUGUCUGUAUGAUUCUUUCAAUGAGAUAGAUGUUGGGCGGGAGGCAGUGUAAAAUUGACCGUUGAGCACAUUGUCAACCUGAGGUCAAGAUGUGUUGCCUGAUAGUUGUGAGGAGUAAGAACCCACGAGACCUG